AAACGGAAAACAUGGUUUAGUGGCGAAACUGAGGAAAAAAUUAUAUGUAUUACACUGAAGGAAAGUGUGAAAAGAUACACUUUCAGUUUGUAACGGCGCGCGUCGUUACUAUUUGGGGAUUUUCGCUUCACACUAGUGUCAAACUCGGACAGAGGUGUCAAAACACAAAAAAAUAAAUUGCAAAAUAGCUGGAAUUAACAACAACGUAGAAUGAGCCUAAAAGAACGUUCAAUUCCAGUUUUUAUAUACCCGACAGAACUUACAUUUUACACCGGGAGUCAAACCACGCACAAACAACUGUUGACACUUUAUAACCCUUACGAUUUUCCUGUAAAAUAUCAAGUAUAUGCAAAUACGACUGAUAAAUACGGGGUCGUGGACCCCAAGGGCACAAUUGCCCCCCAUUCCUAUGUAGAUCUUUUAGUUAGGCACAAUGCACCAUUUCAAUCAAAUUGCCAUUCUAGAGAUAAAUUUAUGAUUACAAUGCAAGAUGCGACCACAAGCCAAAUAUUAGGCAAGAGAUGCGUGCUUGCAACCCUUUUACCUGGAGAAAAAGACAAUUCUAGUGUUGGUGAUGAUAGCUCUCAUUCCUACACAGCUUGUGAAUCUAGUCCCUCGAGAGAAAGAAGCAGAAGCAAAGAUCCCGAUCCUUCGGUGAAAAAUUACUUUAUAAUUUUAUCUGUGGUAUUCAUCAUAGUGUUAAUACUUCCAACAAAAUGUGAUGAAAAUGAACAGUCCAGCAUACCAGCAUAUUUACAUGUGGGAGUCGCGAUAAAAGUAAUUGUUGCUUAUGUUCUAGGACUCAUAACAAUGGCUUUGUUAAAGCCCUGUUGACAUAUCUAAAAAAUAAAUAAAUAAAUUAUUUAAGGGCAACUAAGUUCUUGACCACUAGUGUAUUUUUUGUUUAGCCUUAUUUGUGUUAUCUUAAGAUCAAUCUAAAUUAUUACCCUUUCUGUGUUGAUUUUUUUAGAUUAUAUUUUUUGUUAUUUUUGUCUGUAAGUGGUAAAUUUUGAGCUUUUAUAUGGAUCCGUGUGGUAAGGUUCGAAUACAUAAUAAUUAUUACUGUUGACAAAAUUAAACUGUUGAGGAAUUUUUCAGUUCCCAGGUUCAGAUUUUAUUAUAUAUUUUAAUACAAAUUUAUAAUAAAAUGACUUAAAAGCA